UUGUUCGGUUAAUUGUUGUGUUCGGUAGCACUUGAGCAAAAAAACAAACAAAAAAAUAGCCGCUGUGUUUUUUAAUCAUACGGUUAAUCACACAGGCGACCGGAAAUGCGACUUAUUGACAGUUUGACGUUAGUUAGAGGAAGAGGAGGACACUCUUCAUCGUCAGAGUCACUCCGGAGCAGAGCAGGAUGGCUCUGAGGAAGCAAAUCAACAAGGACGUUCCCUCUGAAAGCCAACAGAUGGACGAAGACACUCAGGAGGACGAAGAUCUCGACGACAAGGAUGAGCUCUCGUCAUCUCUUCUGUCAUCAGUAUCAGCAAGAGGAAAACGCAGGAAGGAGAGAGAACACAAGACAAAAUCCAAAGACAUGACAGAGGAGGAGAUGAUGGACUUGGCUCUGCGUCUGAGCGAACAGGAAGCCAGCGUCUCUGCGCUCAGGCAGCAGCAAGAGGAAGAGGCCGUGAUGAAAGCCAUCCAAGAGAGUAUGGUGAGUCAGACACAACCGUGCCCUCCUUCCCAGAGUCAGAGCCUGCUCCCUGAAGCCGAGGCCUCGCUCAGACUCUGCUCUCGACGGAAACUCUCGUACUCGAACGGGGAGACGGCGUCCGCAUCAGAGGAGAGAUCAGGAACAAAAGGACCAGGAGAUGAAAACAAUAACAGGAAUAAAAAGCGUAAAAGGAAAGAAGGAAGUCCUCUGCUGGAGAUGCCGGACUUGUCUCAGGCUUCACCCUGCAGCUCCGAGUCUCCGUCUGUGCUUCUGGACUCACCGCAGAGCUGCGACUCCACCCAGAUCGACGACUGUCAGCUCCGUAAAUCUCCCGUCUUCCCGUCGACCGGCUGCAGAGCCGAGGUUCAGGUCCCGCGGCUGAGCCAGAACCUGCUGGAGACCUGCAGAACUUCAGGGUUUGUGUUGUGCUCUCAGGACAGUUCGACCACGACCCAAAAGUCUCCGUCUGCUCAAAACAAGAGUCCGACUUUUCCCAAAAGCUCCAGCGACCUCGCUUUGUCCGAGAGCACAGCGCGUCCUAAAAGUCCCGUCUUCUCAGAGACCGCUCAGGGAGACGACGGAGAGGUGGAACCGACUCCGGAGUUUUUUAAAAGUCCAGUAUUUGGCAGGAAUACUCAGCAUGAGAAGCUUCCAAGUGCCUGCAAACCAACCAGUGAAAACUCAGGGUUCAUGUUCUCCUCUCAGGAGAGUUUUUCCUCCUCUGGGAUGCCCACAUCCUGCCGGCCCAAGAGCCCGGUAUUCCCAAGAAACGCAGGCCUUCUUAAGAACGCCACCCCCUCAGAGAGAUCAGCAUUCCCCAAAACUCCCGUCCCCUCAGAGACCGAGCGAGGACAGGACGGACAGAUUGAGCAGAGUCACGGACGCUCUACGAGCCCAGCGUUGUGCAGGACUGAAAGGAGACAAAACAUUGAUCCUGAUGUGCAGGAGAAGUCUGUGACGUCUUCAGCCGCAGAGCUACGAGAUUCGAACAGUGAUGAGAAUCCACCGACUGGUUCACGUCAUCGGUCCAGCAGCUCGAAUGAAGGAACCGGAGAUCCUGCUCUGUGUCUGAGGCAGGACAAAAAGAUGGAUCACAGUCAAGACGACAGGUUUAACAAAAGCACCAUGAAGUUCAAGUCAGUUGAUUCAGAGGAGCUGAAUGAAGCCUCUGGAGCGGGAAACCGGAACUCUGAAACCGAGCUGACCAGUGACAUGACGCUGCACUGGUCUGACGAGGACGAAGAUGUGACACCGGUCGGCUCGCCCAGCCCGGUCUUCCCGGGGGAGAGACUCGUUCAUGAGGCGGACGGCUCGGCGGCCUCCCAGAUUCACGUGACUGCAGCCUCUCCAGGGACGAACGGACCAAACUGCAGCCUGAAUCCUCACAGGUGUGUCAACGCGUCCACUGAGGAUCAGAGCAGCUCCAACAAACGCAUCUCACUCAGACCUUCUACCUCUUCUACGUCCGCCUGCCAGCAGCAAGAACCACAGCCAAUCAGCAGUCAGGGAGUCAGCAGCGCGUCGUCCCCGCCUGGAGAGCCCGCAGGCCGGCCGACGGUUCACUACUACUGGGGGGUUCCCUUCUGUCCGCGAGGCCUCGACCCAGACAGCUACACACAGGUGAUCCUGGCUCAGAUGGAGGUUUAUGAGAAGAGUCUGAAGCAGGCUCAGAGGUGUCUGCUGAGGAAGGCUGAGUGGGGGGAGGCCGUCCUGCCAGAGCCGGAGAAAUCUCCUUCACCAGAGUCGCCUGCUGAAUCACCUCAACAGCUCGUCCCUCGACGACGAGGUCUCAGACUGAGAGGCAGAAAACUCAGUGAGACAGCUGAUUCUCCUCCAGCUGAGACGGAGGAGGAAGAAGACAAGAAGGAAGAGGAAGAGGAGGAAAGAGGGAAAGAAGAGAGGACUGAAAGAAAAGAAGGAAAGGUGGAUACUGAUGACUGCGAGGUUUGUCCAGAGACUCAACUGAGUGACAACGACAGCACGCAAGAUCUGCUGAUCGCCACCGAUGACAGAGCAGUGAUUUCCCCACAGCUGCAGCCUAAAAGUCCCGAGCAACCGGAAGUGGAGAUGAUUCUCCAAGUCGAUUCUCCAGCCCGGAACGAGGCACAGGAAGAGGAGGAGAUGGAGGUGGACGCUCCAGCGGCCACAGAGACGGAGGGAAACAAACCUGUCAGCAGCCAAAACGUGACGGAGGAGAAGGAGGACAGAGGGGAUCCAGAUGUGGAGGAGAUAAAGGACAGACGGCUUCCAAGGUCGAAGUCUCCUGAACUGGAGCCGGUCGUCGUCCCUCAGAGCACCGAAACCAACGUCGACUGUCCCAUCUGUCAGAGAUCCUUCCCCGCGACAGAGAUCGAGAUGCACGCGGCGUACUGCGACGGAGAGGUGGCCGUCAUGGACGAGAAGAGACCCGAGGCCGACUGUUAUCGAGUGUCUUUGAAGCCUCGUAGGAAGAGAACGAGGAGAGCAGCCGAGGAGCCGACUGACCCGUCUGACGCUGGCGGGAACCAAGAGAAAUGUUUCAUCUGUCAGAAAGCCGUUCCUCUGAGAGACUACGGCCGACACACUGAGCUCUGCAUCCAACAGCAGGCGCCAAAGACUGCAGCGAAGGGAAAUCUGCUGUCGGCUCUGCAGAAAACAGAGAGAGGAGAUUCAGAGGCCGGUCCGUCUGGAUCCAGACUCCAGCCGGGAGAUGUCAUUGAUCUGCGGGAUGACGAUGAUGAUGAGGAGGAGGAGGAGGGUGGAGGUACAGGAUCACGGUUCAGGAUCAGCAACUCUCCCAUCAGAUCCUUCACUCCGAUCUCAGAGGCCACCGGCUGCCUUAUCGACUUCAAAAAACAGCAGCAAGCCAAGAAGCCGAGCCAAAGACGAAGAUGAGGACGGUUUUCUGACGAGAGUUUGAAAAAAAAAACAAACUGGAACCCAGAGCCUUAAAAAACUGCAGAACUAUCAGAAAGAACUUGAUGUCACAUUUUGAAUAUUCAUGCAGGUAAACUAACAAACUGUACUUAAAGCGCCAAGGAAACAUCAUUACGCCACUAAAUAUUUUCUGUAUUUAUGUUUGUCGAUGUUGAAGGUGUUUCCGACUACCUCCUCAUGUGUUGAAACGUUUCCUUUUUGUUACUGUUACGUUUAUUUAAUGUCUGUCUGACAGAAUGAUUUGGCUCCACAGUUAAAAUACAGCGAUACGUCUCAACCCGUCAUCACAUCCAUACAAAGUUCACCGACACGUCAGCUGUGAAUAUGAGAAGUAAAGUUAUUGUUUACUCUUCGAUCCAGACCAGAUGAACUCCUGAUCCCCAAAGGAUGAAUCCUACCGAUCUCGAUGAUCCUGACUCUUCCUUUAGCGCCACCUUCAGGUCAAAAAUGUACCUUUGUCCGACACUAGUUAACUAACAUGAAGAAUACUAAUGUUUAGCAUUAAAUGUAAACAAUCAACAUUAAAAUGUUGUACAAACAUCCUAAAAAUUGAAUUUUGCCUUGCUAACAAUACAUGUUUACACGCUGAUUUAUGUAAUGCUAAAUGCUAACUCUCAGAUUUUUUUCGGUGAUUCAAAUAGUUCAGAUGUUGCGCUCGUUGACUGAAAAACUAACGAGCCAAUCAGAGUUUUGUCAGCGGGAUCAAGAAUGUUAACUUCCUGUUCCAAAGCCGGAAGAACAAAAACGUGCAAGAAUCGGACGCAGAAGUAGAUUUACAGACAGAAUGACAACAAAAAUAAUAAUUAUUAUUAAAUAUUAUUAAUAAUAAUCUUCAGCGGACAUCAGAUUGAAUUAUUAAUUAUUAUAUUUGCAUGUUAACAUGUUUGACAUUUAUUCAACAGCUUUAAUCGUAAUUAGUGUUACAGCCUCAACGGUGCUGCAAGUUCAGGCUUAUAAAUCAGGAAAUAUUUGAAAUUCGAUUCUCUUUCCAGAUUAUUAACAUGAAACACAAACAACAGUUGAAAGAGCGAGAGUCCUGACAUAUAUCUGAGAGGAGCUCCAACAAACUAAACGGGUUGGAAAGUUAAUUAAAAGUCCGUCUGUUCAGCACAAAUCUAUCCGGAUUACAGAAAACUCAGAAUAUAACUUUCUAAUCAAAGCCUCCAUCUGAAACACUGAAAAAAGUUUUCAUCCUUUGUCUUGUUUCCUGACAAAUAUGAAUAUUUAUCAGCACUUAAAGGGUGAACAAAACCAUUCUCCUUUAAGAUCUGUUGGUUGGUUUUAGGCACCACAUCACCUGUUCUUAGUUCUACUUGAGCACAUAGUAUGUGGAAGGAAGUGUGACACAUUCAAAUCCUGAAAACUGGAAACUUCCCCAUUUUAACAUCAAGAUCAUUGCAGCACAUUGAGAAAGAGUUCUGCUUUGUCCCACUGAAAGUGAACGCAUCAGAGAAUAUCACAGCUUUAACAUGUUUUAGGGAUGUGAGUUUGUAAAAUCCUGUAUGAAAACUUCAUCAUGGACCUUUUUUAUGACCAUUUGACCAAAAAACACACACACUGGGAGAUGCACUGUAAAAAAAAAUGAAAUAAAAUAAUUUCCUGCAAAGUUGAUGGAGACACAA